AUGGAGAUCGCUCCGGCUCCUCCGCCGGUCGCCGGAGCGGCGGCGGCGGUGGAUCGGCUCCCCGAGCACAUCUGGGAGAAGAUCUUCUCGCUCCUUCCCGUGUCCUCGCUCGUCGUGUCGAGAAGCGUAUGCCGAGGAUGGAACCGCGCCAUUCGUUCGGAGACCUUCUCCUCGUUCUACAUUGCCGCCACGCCGGCCCGCGGCGACCAGAUCGACGACGUGUUCUUCCUCCUCUUCGCCGAUCUGGAGAGCUCUGCUCCUUUCGCUGCGGCCUACCAACCGUCGCUCGACCGCUGGGUGCCGCUCCCUCUUUCUCGGUUCCCCCGCGGCGGCUUCAGCUGUGGCCUCCGUCGCGUUCACGCCUCUGGAGGGGCACUGGUCCUCGCGGAGGAGGACGAGACAUCCCUGUUGGUCUGUGAUCUCUUCUCGGGGAGGGCCUGGGAGAUCGCCCCCAUGAUCUCGUCGCAUGGACAGAGCUACGCCUUAGGGCUCAUAGAUGAGGGCGCCUCGGAGUACCAGAUCGUUGCUGUGGCGACGAUAGAUCGUGUCUUCUCCCAGGUGUUCAAAUCGACGAUCGGCGCAUGGAGCUUCAAGGGCCAGUUCUGGGGGCAAUUUGCUGUUCUAGGUAAUUCCGCUUACCUCGACGGAAUUCUGUACAGCUUAAGCCGCGCGCCUGAUCAUCUCCUGGCAUUCGAUCCACAAUCUGGAGACUGGACCGUCGUUGAUGUGGCGAUGCCAUCUUCUCGCAUCGUUUGUUCCCAUAUCUUGGUCCAUGGGGGUUCCCUUUUCUUGACAGCGGGGGUGGAAGAGGCUGGCGAUAUAAGUAAGAUUGUUAUAUGGGAGCUCAAUGUGGGGGAAAAGAGUUGGAAGGUGUUCGGAUCCAUGCCUGAGGAGCUGCUUCAGGAAUUUCGUGGUCAUCGGAUGAACCAUUUCUACAUAAUCGAUCGAAGGGGCUUGGUCUGUUUCUGCAACACGUCGUCCUAUCUUCCUCUGAUGUGCGACCUGAGGAGGAUGCAGUGGUGGUGGCCGCGGCAUUGCCCUUUCAAGAUCCCCAUGAAUGUGCAGACUUGGUUUGGGCACGCAUUGGAGCCUCAGAUUGGAGUUCCAAGGUGA